AAUAGCUGCGGCUACGGCUUCGAAAAACUAGAAUCCGCUCAGCCGGCAUCCAGUACGCGUCGGUUUGGUUUGGUUUAUUUUGCGAGUCGUCGGCAUACGUAGGCGUGAUCAAAACCAGAAACUCGAGUUUAGGUGUACGAGGUAGUUUCUUCGUCGAGAUAGAGAGAAUACAGAGAGAAAAACAGGAGAAUAGUUAGUGUUUGUUGUGACAAGUGUACCACGCACAGAACGGUCGUAUUGACCCAAAUAGUGUUCACGUGUCUCCGUCGAGAUUUGAAUCCAUCGAAGAGUAAUCGGACUCUCUUCAUUUUUCCGCCGAGAUUGAUAAAAGAAAUGCAUUUACCGGAACCGUUUGGAAUGGAGAGUGGCUACAAAACGAUUCAUGAUACUAUCAGAAGCCAAUAUGAUAGAAACGAGGUGGUGCAAACCGGCAGCCCUUCUAUCCUGUGCACCUCGCUACCAACGCACUGGAGGUCGAACAAGUCUCUUCCGCAAUCGUUCAAGGUCAUAGCGCUCGAUGAUGUCAACGAUGGUACUCUGGUCACCAUUCAAGCGGGCAACGACGAGAACUGGUGCGGCGAACUGAAAAACAACACUGCCGUGAUGAAGAACCAGGUCGCCAAGUUCAACGAUCUCAGAUUCGUCGGUCGUAGUGGCAGAGGAAAGUCGUUUACAUUAACGAUCCAGAUUCAUACGUUGCCACUACAACUAGCGACGUAUAGCAAAGCAAUCAAGGUCACAGUAGAUGGCCCACGCGAACCGAGAUCCAAGUCGGGUUAUCAGUAUGGUCCUGGAUUUCCUGGCCUAGGUAUACUGAGCCCCUGGUUGGAUGCCACGUAUCUCGGGCAUUGGCAUUUACCACAUCCUGCGUUACUUAAAGGUACAGUGACGAUACCGACGUCCACCGAAUUGUUCAACCCAGCACUCGCGCCGGUACUCUCUCCGUAUCAGAUCGAGCAUAUCAAGUACCCUGAUUACUCGGCAUUCACGAUAGCCACUGGUACUACUACGACGAACGCAUUGACACCGAACCCGUUGGUCGUCGCCGGUACUCCGCCGAGGACUCCAACCAACCUUAGCGACUGUGGGAGUGACCUAGGAGUGAACGUGGGCGAUGACCGGAGUGCCUUCAUGCCUAUUUCUAGGCUAAGCACUCUGCCGUCGAACGCGUCUUCGUCUUCGGACAAAGACUCCACAAGACCGACGGAGGGUGUGAAGAACCCACUGAAGGCACCGCCCGCGCUCAUCUCCAAGAAACCGUCCGUGUCAGACAGGAGUUCAUCAACCAAACUUUCGUCGUCACAACCCACGAAACCGGUGUGGAGGCCGUACUAGAAGCCGUAAGUGCAAGUAAAUUUGAAGAACUCGUUCGGGAUCUUGGAAGGCUAGUGAUGAUGCGUCAAUAUACUAUACUAUACAAACAAUUCCAAAUAUUUAGAUGUUAGAAUUAUUAUUAUUAUUAUUAUUAUUAUUAUUAUAUAAUUAGAAUUAAAUAAAUAGAAUUUUCCUUAUGGAUAUCUUUUUUUUCUUUAUGGUACCUUUUUUAUGAUAUUUAGCACUAGAACCGAUGUUCAGUUUUCCGAAACCGGAAGAAUGUUAGAUUUUAUCAAAUAGAGCUUUGGAAUUGCUUUGAUUACUUUCAUUUAAUUUAUAUAAUUCUUGUAUAUGACGAUGUUGUAUAAUUGUAUGUACAUAGCAUUAUUGCACAGAUUGUAUAUAUUAUAUGUACAUUGUUACAUGAUGUACAUAGAGUUCAUAGACAAUAAGAAUGGUGCAAAAUAAAAAUUCGAGAGAAAUAAAGACUUACUUCGAACUUUGUGCAAACAUGCGUGAUGAAGAAACAAACAUAAAUGAGUGACUGAUUGAUGAAAGAGCGAGACCAAAAUCCAACUCCUUGUAUUAUUUAUAAGUCAGAGUUCCAAAUAAAUGGUACAUCAUAGAGAGAUGAUAAUAAAAUUGAGAUUUACGUGAAACAGUUUAAA